CUCGAAUUUCUGCUGGCUCCGGGCACCAGAAAGAUUUUGCUGGCUCACGGCAUAGCAAAGGAGACAUCCCUUAGUUUCACGGGCGAGUCAGCGAUGGAGUUUGAGCUGCAUCCGCUCCAGCACGCGGAUGGCCGCAGUCAUUUCCGUCUUCGAGGCAACACGAAGAUUUCGAGCUGUAGUGCCUUAAUACAAGACUGGUUAGAGGAAUGUCUUGAAGGUCAUACAGUUUGCGCAACGCAGGAUAAGCGGGAGUUCUAUCAAACUCGGCUGCUCGAAAUAGGUGUCUCUUCGGAGAGGCAUCCAAAACGCGUUCGACUCGUUCACUCCGACGACGUUGCCCUGCACGAGCCAUACGUAACACUAAGCCAUUGUUGGGGAGGGAGCAACAUCCUCAAGCUCCAGCGCGACAACAUCGAUCGUCUCUCGGCGUCUAUCUCCAGUACGGAACUCCCGAAGACAUUCAUCGACGCGAUAGAGGUAGCCCGUUUUCUACAGGUGCGCUACAUCUGGAUAGACUCGCUAUGCAUUAUUCAAGACUCGAAAGAGGACUGGGAGAAAGAAGCAGCACUUAUGAGCGACGUGUAUCAGAACGCGUUCCUCAACAUCGGUGCGACUGCUUCAAGCAAUAGCCACGGAGGUCUUUUUUACGAUAGGAAUCCAGAGCUGCUGCGCCCAUGCGUCGUCACGUACGCGCGCGAGAAAUACGAGCUCCGGUAUCCAGAGCUCUGGGAGCACGGAAUCAAUGAGGCGCCCCUCAAUAAACGUGCCUGGGUUGUUCAAGAAAGGUGGCUGUGUCCGCGAAUGCUGCAUUUUGGGCGCGAACAGGUCUUCUGGGAAUGCUGCAAGUUGGUUGCGUGUGAAGUGUAUUCUCGUGGCCCGCCUUAUAGCUUCGUGUUACGCGACACGAUAUACCACGGCUUCAAGCAGGUGAAACCACAUUCGGAUCAAAACCAUGGCGAAGGGGCUGCCGAAGCACAACUAGCCUCCGCCUGGGGAGCUAUCGUACUCCAAUAUUCCUCCAGCAACCUUACUUUCCACAGCGACAAGCUCAUCGCUCUCUCUGGCAUGGCAACACAAAUGCAACGCGCAAUCAAAAGCGAGUACCUCGCCGGUCUGUGGAAAGGCCUGGGAGUAAUCGCUCAGCUGGAUUGGAGGGUGUUUAAUGGCUAUCACGAGGUAACUUCUUCGAGACCAGACGAGUACACUGCACCCUCCUGGUCAUGGGCCUCUGUCAACGGUGCGGUCACGAUCACAAGUCAACAAAGACUGCGCGCCUACAGAGACAAAUACUGCGAGCUAUCAAUUCUCCAGGAGUAUCACAUCGAUCUUACAAGCACGAAUGCCACAGGUCAGGUCACAGGAGGAUACCUGCGAAUUCGGGGCCCCGUCCACGCAAUCACGCUUAAGGAGGAACCUCCAGCCACGAAUCUUGAAGACCCAUAUGAAGCAUUUCGAGUGAGCGCCUAUCCAUGGCAAUUGUGUUUGGAUGGAGUAGCUCUACGGAGGUUUUCCGUCUACCUUGACGUUCCCUUGCAUAACGGCGGAGCUUUUUUUGGCCUGGCACUAUAUUCCUGGAACAACGGAGGGGAUCCUGAAGCGGUCGGAUUACUGCUCGAGGAGAUUUCAAACUCGCCUAUUCGGUUUCGGAGAGUUGGCAUUCUUGUGUUGAAUGGCGAGCGUGAGGUUAUGUGGUUUAGUUCCGGAACGCUGAAUUAUCCUCAGGGAUUCAGCAUUGUGAUUGUCUAAAGUGAGGGACGUUUAGAAUAGGCCGGGAUUCGUUUAAUCUUUGCUACUCACGUGAGCGGAGCUGUGCGCAUGGCAACGAGGCGGCGUAUAGUUAUGGAACUGCCGUGCGUGCUCCUGUCGUUCUUUUUGUAGAGCUGACGACCUAUGGCAUCGUCGCCCUCCAC